GUAUAGAGAGAUGGUUUGUGGGUGGAGUAACACAGGGAAAGGGAAGAAAGCUUGGAAAACUGGAGUGUGAUGUCCCAAACCACAGGCUGGCAGCCUUGCCCAUGGUUUGCUGCCUUCCUCGAGGCUCCACAAACACUUUCAUAACUGUUCUGAGGGGAGGAAUUUCUGCUCUGCGUUCCAAGGCACCGAGACAGGCAAAAUUGUUCUGUGCUGCCGUGGAUGUGAAGUCCUCGCCGUGCUGCCUCUGCCUCUUCUCCCCCAGAAACUCCAAGGGCCCUGAAUUUGCAGCCCCAAAAUACAAAAGAAAUCCAUCCGGAUGGAAGAUGGACCAGGGUGUGAAUAGCAGGAGGGAAGAAAGAGUGAAGUUGGUGAUUUUUCUGGCACAUGGAUGCAAUUACACUCAGUGCAUUCCAGAGGCGUUCCUUUGAAUCCUGUGCAGGUCUGCCUGCCGUCCUUGGGAGAGAGGAAGAAAAAGGAAAAGGGAGGAAAAGUCCCUCUUGCUGGGAGACGGAAUGUCUGCAUUUUCAAUCCUCUUCCUAGCUUCCUGUUCUGUUUGGCUCUGCGAGGCUCAGACUGAGUUCAAGAGGGUGGCAGAAGAAAACGUGACCCUGCCGUGCCACCACCGCCUGGGGCUGCUGGAGCAGGGCAGCCUGGACAUCGAGUGGCUGCUGCACAUCUCCGAGACCGUGCAGAAAGCGGUGAUCACCUACUCCGGGGGCCGUGUUUAUGAUGACCUGAACGAGGAGCAGAAGGGCCGUGUCUCCUUCACCUCCAACUUCCUUGCUGGAGAUGCAUCCCUGCAGAUCAUCUCCCUGCAGUCCAGCGACGCAGGGAAAUACAUCUGCAAGGUCAAGAACGCUGGCCAGUACGAGUGGGCUCGCAUCACCCUCAAGGUCGUGGAGAAACCCUCCAAGCCCAAGUGCUGGCUGGAGGGGGAGCUGCUGGAAGGGAAGGAGCUGUCCCUGCAGUGCCGCUCCGCCUCGGGCACGGCCCCCAUCUCCUACCGCUGGCAGCGCCUCAGCGAGGAGGACGAGAGAGCCGAGCAGCUGCCGCCCAACUCCAGAGUCAACAUCUCAAACCCGGGGCAGGUCCUGCUGAAGAACCUGACUCAGAUGAGCACGGGUUUGUACCAGUGCGUGGCCACCAACGAGGCGGGGCAGGAGAGCUGCGCGCUGCAGGUGACGGUGCAGCAUGCACAAAACAUCAGCAUGAUCGCCGGGGCAGUGUGCGGAGUGGUGCUGGGGCUCUCCCUCCUCUUCCUCGUGGUGAGGCUGACCAUCAGGAGGAAAGAGAAGAAGAGGUACGAGGAAGAGGAGGCACCCAACGAAAUCAGGGAGGAUGCCGAGGCACCCAAGGCGCACCUGGUCAAACCCAGCUCCUCCUCCUCGGGCUCGCGGAGCUCCCGCUCGGGUUCCUCCUCCACCAGGUCCACAGCCAACAGUGCCUCCCGCAGCCAGCGGACUUUGUCCACCGAGGCCACCCCGCACCUGACCCCUCCCCAGUACAGCCAGCGCCAGCUGGACAGGAAAGAAGAGCCCAAAAAAGUCGAUUCCAACCCGCUGGCGAAGGUGGCGGUGCCCGCCGUGAUGGUGCCCGCGCAGAGCCGCGCCUUCCAGACCGUGUGACAUCCCCGGAGCCCCGUGUCCCCUGUCCCCAGCGCCACUGUCACAGCACCGGCCACUUCGCAGCGCUAGGGCAGCCAGCUCUCCUCGUGGGCAGCCCCAUCCUCAUCGCUCGGGGUUGUUCACGCCCUCCCACUCGCUUCUUUCUGAGCCUCCCCGAGGCUCUGAUGCAGAUUUGAGAAGGAUUUAUUGGAGCUUCUUUCUAAAUUAUCUUUUUUUUUUUUCCUUUGAAAGUAGAACACUGAGCGUUAAAAACCCACGACGGCAAAGCUGUGCUGUCGGGUGAAACUGUGUGAGUGAAAAGAAGCCAAACCUCAGGGUUUUUUCAAAGGGAUCAACAAAGACUUAAAGAUGCAUAAUAUUCCAGAGAGGUUUUGUGGGGAGGGAGAAGUCUCUCGGACUGCUUUUGGAGAAGUUUCUCGAAGAUGUGUUGUCUUAAGUGAAGAUUUUUGAGGGUGAGGGUGUCCAGCCUCAAAGGGAACCGACAGGUGCUUCACAUUUUCUGCAUUCAGUGAAAUACUGGAGGCUGCAAGUAAAGUGGAAAUUAAAGGAUCACUCCCAAGAGAUGCAGUAUUAAGGCAUCUGAACUAAACUCUACUAAAGAGAAAGGACAUUUCUGACAAGAAAACUGAGGUGCUUUAAUUGCCAGAAUAAAUUCAGGGCCGGGAGCCUGACUCUGCUUCCACGGGAGCCCCACUGGAGGGGUGCCCGUGGCUGCUGAGCCUUAGAGAGAGGAGAAGUGGGCACAGAACCCAGCAGGGAGGGUCACCAAUGCACCAAAAAGCCAGGAUGGAGCGUUGGAAGAGCUCUGGGUCACUGCCAGCCGGAGAACUGGCCAGGUUUUGGGGGAGCUGUGCUGGAGAAGCCUCAUGGAAAGCUCUUCCCGAGACUGAGUGACCAGCACUGCCCAGCUGACCCCCAGGGAGGCCUGAAGGGUUCCCUGGCAGAGGAAAACACACCUGGGACAGGAAAACGAGGACAAAACGCUGCUCCCAUCAGGACAUUCUGUGUGUGCUGUCCCACUCCUCCACCAAACGCUGGGCCACGUGCCAGGGCUGAGGCUUAAACCCUUAGCAGGAGUCUUAAAAAAUGGCAAGAAUUGUAAAAAAAAAUUUUCUUUAUGAGCAACCAGGUUAAGUGUUUCCACGGAAUAUGAAGUUAGGAAAGGAUGGGAGGCAGGGACAGAAGCAGAAUUCUGCCGCUGAUGUUUUCCUCUGAAGGACUUGGCUCUGACCACUGCUACACACAAGACACUGAGCUUGUAGGUUCUAGAUUCCUGUAUUCCUGCACUGGUGAUUUGCUGUUUCAAAAAUGAGGGUGUUUGGGUUUUUUUUCCCCCACUGGAGGGAGGGAAAGGGUUUCUCCAAUUUGUGGAAAGAGCCUACAGAAGAUGGAUGAGCACAGAAGAACCACAGAUCUAUAAUUCUUUCACUCCAGGAUUGUCAUUUAUCUCCUUUUCUGACUGAGACCCAGAAUUCUUGAGAUCUUUGAUGAGCUGAUCAAAGCCAAGCCCUGAUCGGGCUACUUCCAUAUGGGAAGAGUUUCCAAACUUGCCCUACACUAUGUGAGAACUUCUCUUCCUAGGAGCAGUCACAAUUCCAUUUCUCUGCCCCAGAUUUAACCCUUGGCAGGCCAAAUUCCCGAUGCUGUGCAGGGAAAACAAUCCCAGUUUCAAUAAGGGAGGCCUGGCACGGGGUGUUUGAUAACUGCUCCUGGGGUGGAUAUUCUGUCACUUCACCCUGGAUGCUGCAGGAUCCAUCCUGGAUCAGCGGGGUGGGAAGCAGCAGCUCUGUGGGUCAGGGAUUCCUCUGCAGAUGGUUUUAUCCCGAGCCCUGAAGGUUCAGGAGCUCCAAAGCACUCCUGAGCCACGCCAGAGCUGGGAAAAUUCCAAAUGCAGGCACAGCACGGUGAGAGCAGCUUGUGGGUUCUUCUGUGGGCUGAACAUUCCCUGAGUGAUGGGUUUCUGCUCCAGCCAGGUUUUAGGAGCUCUAAAAGAACUUAGCACACCCGAGAUAGCCCAGCUACCCCAAAUGGCACCAAACCAGCAGCAUGGCUUCUGAGGUGGGGUUGGACACAGAAAAAGGUUUAAUAAAAGACAAAAUAGCAAAGCUCUUACAGAGAAAACCCGAGCCAGGGGCAAGAGGUUCUUGCUCCUGCUAAAACACCCCACAAAAACGAUUAUUUCCUUUAUUCCCUUCUGUUUUUAGUGAAUUACCUAGGCCAGACCUCUUGGCCUCUGUCCACUCAGCCCCAGUUCCAAGCUGAAGUCCAAAAGGUCCCAUGAGGUGUCUUUGUACCAAACUGAGAGAGAAAAUUCUAGGCUUUUUGCCUCUUUAAGCAGACAAAGAAUAAUUUCAUCACUCUGUCAGCAGAGGGAACAUUCCCACAGCUGAGGAUCCCCACCCUGAGACCCAGGAGCGCUUUCCCCGAGCCGCCAGGAGCUCUCAGCACAAACCCGGGUGACAGUCCCAGCAGCUGAGCUGCCCAAAGCCUCUGGGGCACCUUUGAUCCCAGCCCAGGCGGUAAUUAGCAGAGAGGAGCCUCUGCAGCCUGCAGGGAGCAGAAUUUGCCCUGGCAGGAUUUCCUGGAGCCUCUGCCGCUGCGGAACUUGUGCUGGCAGGGCUGAGAGAGGGUCAGGCAGAGGGGCAGAGGCUGGAGCCUGCUCUGGGGGAUCCAUCCUGGCUGCCCCAAGCCCUGCUGGCUCGGAAUUCCCAGCCUGUGCAGGUACCUUCCACUCACAGGGAAGGGGAAAGCUCACCACCAAAGGGAGCAGGAGAAAGGGAGCAUUCCAAAGGCUCUCUCUUUUCCAAGCUCCAGCCCAGCAGGAGUUGCACAAGGGAAGCAAACAAGCCAAACCCUGUUUUGUAAAAUAGUGUAUUAAAGCAUUUGCUGCCAUAUACCAGCUGUUAAUUGUGUGAUUAAAUGCCUACCAUGUAAUGUAGCUUUUUGUUUCUCAGCAGCUGAGCUAAGCUUCCAUCUCUGCUACCUGCUAGCAUUGGUGUGCUUGUACUGUGUCUGAACAACUCAGAGGAAAGCAAAUAUUUAUUAUUGAUUCCUUUGAAUCAAUGAUUUAAUGAUUUUUUUUUGGUUGGUUGUUUUAUAAAUAAAGGUGCUGCAGCU